UGCUCUCCAGCCAGCCCAGAUCCCUGCUUCCACUGGGCCUUGUCCAGCCAGACCUUCAGCCUGGACCUGCUCCCAGCUGGACCCUUCCCACCCAAACCAUUCCAUGAUUUCACCGACACUGUCUCCAGAAGGAGCUGGGACGGACGGGAUCCAAACUCUUCCUAACAGCCUGGAAAACAGCAUCCAUCACCUUACAUCAUCUCCAGUACUCAUGGUCUUAUCUCAGACAUCAAACCAGUCAGACAGGAGCAGCCCAUCCUCAACCCAUGGUGGUGGUGCCACCCUGCAGGACCUUCUGUGACCACACAGAUAAACUGGCACCGUGUGGCAACACCAGAGCAGGAGUGGGCGGGCAAGUGACCUCAGGAUGGCACCAGGAGCAGAUAAAAGCAGGAGGCACAGCUGGAGAGAUGAGUGCCCCCGGGACUCUGCUGCCCUGACUGGAUCAGCUCUCCUGAGGACAGAGGAUGGCCAGCAUGGCUUACAGCAUGGGGAUCCUGCUGGCCCUGGCAGGUGCCAUGGUCACACAGGGCUGCGGGGACUGUCACUCCUCCUGCAGCGGCAGCGCAGACAGACCGGUGACACUGCAGGGGGACGAGUGGAUGAUGCACAGGGCUCCUGCCGACCUGCCCUCAGUGGCACAGGGGUACCAGACUGCAGAUCCCUGCCCCUGCCAGGUCCAGAAGCUGCUGCACCGCAUGGAGGAAUCCGUCAAGUUUGACAAACCACCGAACCCCAGCAUCCUGCUGGCCAUGAACCUGGUUGGAGCCACCCACGGCUGCAUCCACAGCUGGCUGCUCCAGGAGAUAAAGAGGGAUGCAGUGGAGAGAGCCCAGACAGACAUGACCUCGGGACAGGUGGCUCUGUACGUCCUUGCCCUCCUCUCCUCCUGCCAGGACCCCCACUGUGUCCAUGCCAUGGGGAAGACCAUCAACCUGGUGCCCAUCCUGAAGGAGAAAACGAAUGAGGAGAUCAGCAGAAAAGGUACACAGGGCCUUGCAGUGAUCACCUGGUACAGUGAGAGCCUGGACAUCCUGGCCCUGUGCCUGGUGAAGGAAUACGACAUCCAAGAUGCAGUCGAGGCUGUAGCUAAGGAGCUGCUGAACCCCAAUAGCUCCCUUGAUGUGGACACCCGGGCCAUGGCGGUACUGGCGCUGGUGUGUGCCUACAAUCACACAUACAAGCAGAAUCUGAUCCAUGAUGCACUAAACAAGGUGACCAACGAUUUCCUGGAUGAGCAAGAGAGAAGGCAUGGCAUGAUCGGGAAUAUCUCCAGCAUGGGGCUGGCCCUGCAGGCUCUGGAGACCUCGGGAGAGUUUUACGCCCCGCGGCAGUGGGACAGUGCCCAGGCCUUCAGCGUGGUCUGCAGCUAUGACUACCUGCUGCCCAUGGCCAUGGCCCAGGUGCUGCCUCCCCUCGUGGACAGGUCCUACCUGAACGCAGGUGGGUGGGGCUGUGCUGCCACAACGGAAUGGCCCCAAGCCAACAGCUGCCCCUGACACCAGUGCUGGGAACAAUUGGGAUUCCAACCUGGAGCCAGCCCUGCGGGUAUGACACUCCUGCCCUGUGCCAGGUGGGCUGUGCCAGGUGCCCACAUGCUGCUCUCCCCACCCACAGCUCCCAUCACGGUGCAGUUCUCCAUCACCAACACGAUGAAGAAUUACUUCCACUACUCCACCUCGGUGUGUGUCCCAGAGAACUCCACACUGCUGCGGGUGAUGGAGGUGGCAAGGAAUGAGAAACCCAACAUGUUUUGCUUCACAAUAAAGGAGGAAAAACUGGGUCCCUUUGUGACCUCCAUCCAUGGGCUGGCUGGCAAUGCAACUGAAAGGACCUACUGGCAGUUCUUCAGCAGCUGGAGUCCCCUCCAGAAAGGGGUCGGAAUCUACAAGCCGAAAAACUGGGAGCACAUCCAAGCAAUCUUCAGCACCUACUGA